AUGUCUACUCUAGUUGCCAACUGUAAGAAGACCGAGGCCGCCGCUGAAUCUAAAGACGUGCGGCCUUGUGCUUCUUACUCGUCUUUGUCUUCUGGUCAUCUUCCCAAGAAUCGUAUUCCCAAAAGCUGGUUCCGCUGUCCCCGAAAAGCCCGUGAUUUUGUAGUAGAUCGAUUCCUAGCAUUCAAGUUGCCCGUUGAUGAACGCUAUGAUGACAACAUUUCGAUUGAUCAGAAAUUUUCACCCGAAAUGGUGAUUCAGGCCGUUGAAAUGCGCAACAAAACUUUGGAUUUGUGGAUCGAUCUAACUACUGAGGAAAACUUCUAUAGUUGUAGUCCACUCGAGAAGAAAAGUAUUCAGGUUGUCUCGUUGCCCUGUGGUAGUUCUCGCGGUCCCCCUACGAUAACCAACGUCGGUCUGUUUAUCCACUAUGUAGAUACGUCAAUCAAGCGCAAUCCCCAAGGUAUUGUUGGUGUUCACAGUGUUCAUGGUUUCAAUCGUGUCGGGUUUCUCAUUGUGGCUUAUUUGGUCGAACGUUUGGGCUUCUCGGUGAAUGCCGCUUUGGCAACAUUCACCAAUGCUCAUCCUCCAGGCAUCUACAAACAAGCUUAUGUGCAGGAACUCUACUUUCGAUAUGAUUUUGUUCAAAGAGCCCCCAAACCCCUUCCUUUGCCACCAUGGCACUUCAGGAUUGACAGCUUUCAGCAGGAAUACCUGCCACAUACUUUCGAGUCAACCGUCAGUCUGAAGCGCCGUCGGAACGCAAUUGAUGAUCCCUUAGCUUCCCCCAACGGUCUUGAUUGCUUAGAAGAGAAACAAGCCAAAAGGUUCAAGAGAUUCACUGCUGAGAGCGGUGCCCCUUUCACUGAUAAUUUCCCAGGUUUAACUCCGGUUUCAGAUCCCACCCAGCUAAGUGAACUUCAGAUGCUGUGUCAGGCUAUGGCUAAAUGGCACCGUCCGAAUUUCCCAGGCUCCCUUCCCAAUCACGUCGAUUCCCAAAGUCUUCAUCAUCUGCAACUCAAGCCAUAUUGCGUGACUUGGAUUGCAGAUGGAAUCCGGUUUAUGAUGCUUAUCAUCAGCAAGAAUCAAGUCUACGUCUUCGAUCGCAGUUUCAAGUGUUUCAAGGUAGAAGGUCUCACAUUUCCCUCGCGAAAUAAUCUUCAGCGUCACCUUAGGAAUACCUUGCUCGAUGGGCAGAUGGUAUUUGAUAAGGUUGAUGGCAAGGUUAUCCCCAGGUUCUUAGUUUUCGACAUAAUCAUGAUUAAUGGUGAAAGUGUCUAUUGUCAUCCCUUUCUCCCAGUCCGCUAUGAUUGUAUUUCCCGGGAAAUCAUCUCCCCUCGGUCGGAAGCCAUAAGGCAAGGAGUGAUCGAUAAAACUAUCGAGCCUUUUAGCAUUAGGCAGAAGACCUUUCAUGAUCUAUCCCAUUGUCAGUCCCUUUUGUCCCCGUCCUUCACUGGAAGCAUAGGUCAUGGUUCAAGUGGACUCAUUUUCCAAUCCAUCACCGAUCCCUAUGUCCCAGGAGUAUCGUCCGUCAGUCUUAAAUGGAAGCCCCUGUCGAAGAUUUCCAUGGAUUUCAGGUUGCAGGUUGUCAUAGAAGGUGAUAUCGAUCCGACUCAGAAAGUUGGUCAGCUUUGGGUCGAGGGUUUCAUGAAUCCAGUUGCUAGGGUUAGUUCAGUGUCCGCUAUUGAAGAUUUCCAUCAUAAAAUUGUUGAGUGUGUUUAUCAGGAUGGUCAGUGGAUUCCGUUGAGGGAAAGAACUGAUAAAUCUGCCCCAAAUACGUAUGAAACUUAUUUGUCUGUCUGGUCUAGUAUUAGGAACGCCGUUGAAACUGGGGAGUUGUUGGAGUUUGUUGCUUGUCUGUCCAAGAAGUAG